ACCGAUAAACUACUUUACGCAAAUAUGCCGUGCUCACGCUGUAUUCGGGUGGCCACCAGCGCCGUACGCUUCUCCACACAAACCACGCAAACCACACAACGCAGAUCGCUCUCCCUUCUAAGCAGCAUCACACCCACACGACCUGCUCUCCUCGCGUCACGACCCACCAGUAUCCUUCCCGCUGCAACGCUAGAUUCUCAACUCACAGGCCUCUCGAUAUCGCAAGUCCGAGGCGCGAAGCGAGACACAUUUAAGCCUUCGCACGUUGUGCGGAAGCGCAGACACGGCUACCUGAGUCGCAUCAAGACGAGAACGGGCAGGCACAUACUCAAAAGAAGAAGAGCAAAGGGCAGGUCUACGCUGAGUCAUUAGCAGUGUUCGGGAGUAUGGUCUCGCGUGCUCGAACUGUCCGACUUGACUGGGAAGAACUGGGGAUUGCACCAGCUAUAGAGGGAGGCGGGCGAGCGAAGCAGGACGUCGGACCUGAAGCUAAGAUGAAAGAGCCAAAGCGAGGAUGCAUCGUCUCGGCCUGCGAGUAAGGACGCUUGAUGGGAUUCACAGGCAUGUAACGAACGCAGGUGGCAGGAUUGCGGCUGCGGGAACUGCGACAUGUCCUCAAGAAGAGCUGCUCACCAUCGGUGCUACAUUGUUCGUUCCCCUCGCCGGUGUCUCGCUGCCAUGACGGGAUACGGGGGAAAGAACUUGGUGAAGUAGGUGAGGUAACGUAGAAAAAGCUCUGGUCGCUUCCACGUAUGAAGGGCACUUCUAGAACAUGUC